AAUAUCCUCUGAGAACAGUCUUUGUAUUAAAUCAUUUAUUCAAACAUAAAUGUCAUGUCAUGAUAAAUAAAUGGAAAAAUAUAAUAAAACUCAACAUAUCUUGUUCCCAUCCCUUCCCAGAUGAUAACUUAUUUCCCCAAGUCAACCUUUUGUUCUCACGGGAAAAUCUAAAAUCUGUUUUAUGUGCAUACCUGAUGAUGAUGGUGUUUAUAGCUGCUUUUUUCUCUCUGCCCUUGGCAAUAAAGACAGACGACACAGAGGAUGACUCAUCAAGAGGGAAGUCCUCAAACGUGAGCAUGACUGAGAUGCAAGAGCCGCUUUCCAGCUCAAGAAUAGAUGACAUCAGCAGAAGAGUGCAGGAUCUAGUUGAAAAGAUUAACGACAGCCGCACCAGUGACCAGACAGUGAUGGACAGCUUUCAGGAAAAGUUAAUGGAGAAGGUGACAGAGAUGUGCCAGCAAAUGAAGGAGCACAUGUACACGGUCUACGAGGAGAACAGUAAUGAGAUGCAGGUGAAGCUGCAGGAGCUGUCAGAGGUGCUGGAGAGCUGCACUAAGCUCAACACAGAGCUCAUGGAGGCCACCAACGCGCUGGCAGGUCUCAGAGAGGGUCUGGCCAUUAGCAAGAUGUCAGAACCCUGAUCAACUAGUUAAGGUUCGGAUGUCUGUAUUAUUUUAAACUAGUUCAUGUGUUAUUCUGAAGUAGUUUACCCGUUCUUCUUUCAAGAGUACAUGACUGUGUCUUUGUUAUCAGGACAGUAGUUCAGGUUACAGCUUAUGACUGAAUCCAAAACAAAAGCUGAAUCCAUGUUUUAGUUAUGUUCAAUUUCAGUAUUUGUUGAGUCAAUAGACAAAACUAACAAGAAUAAUUCAAAGAUAAUUAUUUGUCUCUCAGGUGUUAACAUUUGAUAUUAAUAUAUUAUAUUUCCCCACUGUGUCUAUGUAACGUUUGUGUUUCACCAGAACUUAAAUGUGUGUUUGAAUUGGUGACACAGAAUCUCAGCUACACUCACUCAUAUGUUCUCACUCAUUCAAAGCCAUUUAUUUACAUUUCAUUCAAUUAUCACAUAAUAAACCAACUCAUAAUGCCACAACUUUUACAUGCACCUACCUGAUCAAUACCUGAAGUAUAUUUCAAGCAUCUUAACUGUGCAAAUGUCAUGACAGUUGGACCCAUCACUUUCCUAAGUUGACCGUACACAUAUAUAGAAGCAGUAAUAAUCCGCUCCUAUCUGUUGUUUAAAAAAUAUAUAAAUGUGAUAAGGAGAUUUAAAUCCACCUCAUAUUUCUACACAUGUAAGUUUUCCCGAUGAGGUUGUGUUCCUCAGAGGCCAGAUGAACAGGUAGUACAAAUCCACAUCAGGUCCAUUUCAAGAAGAUGGUAGACCGUUACUUUUCAACAGUGAACGACUGCAGCCCCGUGAUGGCUCUUCCCAGGAUCAAAGCAUGAAUGUCAUGAGUUCCUAUGGAGAACAAUGAACAAAACAGUAUAAACAAGUUGUUUUCACAUAAAGGGUUUCUCCAUUUUAGACAGUACUGUGUACUACUACUAUAACAGUAAACCUUUUUUUAUUUUUUAUUUUAUUUUUUUUACAAUACAUUUGGUAACAUUUAUUUGUAUUGACAUUUUAUUUAAAAAUGUUUACUUGAACAAUGCAUGCAUGAAAUAGAUUCAAUGUGGACCAGCCAUAAAAAUGUCUCUCUAUCUCUCUGCACUGCUGACCUCUGGUGGUGGAUGUACAGACUUGCAGCUAAAGUUUGAAAUCCUUUUCACUGCUCACUUCCUUCCAUUGGUACUGUUAUGUUAAAAUAAAAAAACAGAUGUUUCCA